AUGGCCGCAGGCGUAGGAACGGUGAAACUUGAGAUAUUUGAUUUCGCAGAUUUUGGAUUUUGUAAGAUGCAGAUCGAAGACUAUCUAUACCAGAAAAAGCUCUAUCAACCUCUCUCACAAAAGAAGCCAGAGGGUAUGAAAGAUGAAGAAUGGAAUCUUCUCGAUAGACAAGCCCUCAGAGUUAUUCGAUUGACGUUUUCUCGUAAUGUUGCUUUCAAUAUUGCAAAAGAAAAGAACACGGCUGGUCUUAUGGCAGCACUCUCUAAUAUGUAUGAGAAGCCAUCAGCCUCAAAUAAAGUUCUUUUGAUGAGGUGA